AUACCACGCAAUGGUAAACGGAGGCAUGUCGCACCCAUGAAGGCACUGUAAUCUCGAGCCAAACUUACGCGGUCUUCAGCGUCAUGAACCCGGCAACGAGGUCCGCAGAAGUCUAUAGGAAAAUAAGCUACUUGCUUAUCAUACACUGCGAUUUGUUAUCUGCAAUCUGCAGCCUUUCUGACGACGCUUGAAUGUGUCAACCCUAAACGUGUUGGACGCGAGUUUGUGGCUGGCAGCCCUGGAACGAUGGCGACAGGGUCGUCUCCUGAUGCACCCAAGGAGUCAGCGAAGGGGAUGGCGCAGAAACGCCGGGCGCCGAACUCCAUUCUUGCAGGACUCAAGAGCUUUAUGUUGUCGCCGUUGUUCCAGUGCGCGGCUCAGCUUACAGUAGGCAUGUUCAUCAUCUGCUUGUUCACGUUUGUCAACAAGAUGCGCUUCCUGCAGUCCUGCCUGUCCGCCACGCUGUACGUGGUGUGCAGCGUGCUGGUCAGCCAGGACGGCCACGUGGGCACCAAGCUGCUGGGGUGCGCCAUGGUGUGCGGCUCCUUGCUGUGGGGUACCACACUGGCGGGGUGCGUGCUGAGCUUUGCGCUGGUCGUCGGGGAGCCGGGCACCUCGGGCCACUCUGCAUUCCUGUGCUGCCUGAGUGCCGCGGUGCUGGCGGUGCUGGUGGUAAACCGCAUGGGCGCCAAUCCGCCCUUCCUGUGGGUCCUGGGCAUGGUGUCUUGCCUGGCCUUCGGGCUCACCACCAUCGUCGGCCAGUUCGUGCGGGAUCACGGAGCGCUGUGGCGAGACGUGGUGGGGCACCUGCAGCUGGCCAUGGCUGUGGGCGCAGGCACGGCCGCGGUGAUGGGCGUGGUGGUGCUGCCCACACUAGCUGCGGACGAAAUGCGGGAGCGCGUGGCGGAGGCGGUGCGGGGCGCCGGAGUGACAGCGGCCAGGUACGCCUCCGCGGCCUUCAAGCCGGAGGACCCCUCGCAGGCCUUCUGCCGCCGGCCAAGCUAUAAUGGAGGCGGCGGCGGUGGAGGCGGCAAGGACGGCAAGGACAGUAAAGAGAGCAAGCACAGCAAGGGCAAGCCGCCGCAGCCGGCUGCAGCGUCGCUGUUGCCGCCGGACGCCGACACGGCGGCGGGCGGCGCCGCAGGCGCCGCUGACCGCGACGGCGACGGCGAUGUCAGCAGCCAGACGUACUCUUCCUCGGGCUCCGGCGGUGAUGGCGACUUGGAGGUUGAGGCGGCGAUGGAAGACAACAACGACCUCAACGAUGACGAUUACCUGCAGCUGCUGCGCGAGCUGACGGCGCCGCUGCACCAUCACCACCACCGCAACCGUCAACCGCCGCCGCCCCAACCGUCGCGCAAGGGCACCGGCGGCCCGGAGGCGGCUGGCGCCGCCGCCACGAGCGAGCAAACCCAGGGCGCAGAGCAGGCGAAUGAGAAGGAGCAACCGGCUGGUGGAGAUAGCGGCGGCAAGCCGCCGCCGACGCCCAAGCCUUUGCUCAUGCCGCCGCUGACGGCGGGCGUCCACGGCGGCCUGCCGGUUGCAGCGCUGCGGCCGCUGCUGGCGCGCGCCCGCAUGUGCAUCGGCGCCGCGUCCCUGGAGCCGCCCUUGUUCCUGGCCGCGCCCAUCAACCCACCCGCCUGGGGCCGGGUGGUGGGCGCGGCGGAGGAGCUGCUGACACGGGUGGCGGCGCUGGAGGGACUGGUGGGGGAGGCCUGCACCCUGCAGGUGAUGGCCGACGCCUCGCUCACGUGCUACUUCGAGGUGGACAUCGUGCCGUACUUCCGGCGGGUGCACGCCCACGUGGCGGCCACGUGCGCCACACUGGCGGACGCCAUACGGCACCGCGCGCGAGGGGGCGACCAGGCGGCUCGCAUCCGCGGGUGCAGCGCCGCGUUCGGCCGCACCUGGCAGCAGUCCAAGGAGGAGCUGCGGGACGUGACGCGGCAGGCCUUCCAGGGCUACUGGGGCCGCGUGCGGGCGGCGGGCGGCGCCGGCAAGCUGCGCAUGAUCGAGGCACACCGGAUGCGCGGCAUCGCCUUCAUGUGGACGCUCACCAACAGCCUCAUCGACGCCAUGGAGGGACUCGAGCGCGCGGUGGCGGCGGCGCACGGCAUUGCGAUGCCGCCGCCCACACCCGCGACCGUGCAGCAGGCGCCGCCGGCAGGACACCAGCAGCAGAACCCAGCUGGGGAGGGAGGCGCGGUGGCGGUUGCAGUGGCCGCGGCGCCGGCUGCGGGAGGCGGCAGCGGCGGGCAGGCGGUGGCGGAGGGAGUAGAGGGCGGAGACGAAGAGGCGCCCAAGCCGGCUGCGGCUGCGGCUGCUGCCCCGUCAACUCCGCCCGGACCUCCGCCGCCGGGACUGCCGCCGCCCCCGACCUGGUUCCAACACAACUUCGGCUGGGCAGUACAGCUGACACUGGUGGCCCUGGGUCUUCCGCUUGUUACCAGCCUGGUACACACACUGGGGGCGGAGCUGAGCGCGCUGAGGCGCGGCGCGGGCUGGAAGGCACUGCUGCGGAGCCGCGUGUUCCAGGCCGGCGCCAAGUACUGGGCCUGCCUGGUGACCGUGCUGCUGCUCAUCCUGGGGCUGUCGGAGCAGGACGACACACGCGAUGUGGCGGUAUACCGGCCCAUGUUCGGCUACAUCGCGGCGGUGCUGGCCAUGAGCGAGCGGGUCGAGGCCACCAUCAGCAAGGUGACGUUUUGGGUGGUUGGCACGGCGAUUGGCGGCACGCUGGGCUACCUGGCCAUGCUGGACACGCACCUGGCCACCAACCCCUACGGCCUCAUGGUCAUCAUCUGCGUCUACACCUUCCUGGUGGGCUGCACCUCGGCGCACGCGCUGCGCGCGGGCAUCGUGCUGACGCUCAUGACGCUGUCCUCCGUCAUCCUGUGCCAGUACCGCGGCUGCUGCGACGCCACCGGCAGCGUCAAGGUGUACGCCGCGCGAGUGCUGUCGGUCAUGGCUGGCUGCAGUGUGCCCGUGCUGCUGUCCAACCUGGUACUGCCAUGGUACACUUCUGACUGGGCUCUGGACGUGAUGGGCUCCUCCUUCCUGGCCGCCUGCCGCCUGGUGCGCAGCUACUACGCCAGCUACUACAACGACGGACUCAGGGCCUACACGGCUGUCCACGGCGAGGCGGCCGCCGCCGCCGUGUGCGCGGCGCACGGCGCGCCUUCCCAGCCGCUGCCCACUGCCCCCAGUGCCCAGGCGCCAGCAUCGUCACCACAUGCUCCCGCCACUGCUGCUGCUCCUGCCGGGGGGCCUGCUGGCGGGCCUCCGGCGCCGCCGCAGCCGCAGGCGCGGCCCAAGGGCGUCCCGGCGCCCGCGGGUCCGCCGCCCACGCCCCUUCAGGCGCUGGUGGCGGGUCCGCUGACGUCCGUGCAGGUGUCGCUGAUGAAGGACACGACCGUGUGGAGCCGCGGCUUCCUGGCCACACCUCGGGUUGUGUUUGCUGUGUUGCGCGGCAGUCAGGCGCUGCUGGAUCGACUUGCGGCUCUGGCGCUCAUGGCCAGUGCGGCGCCGGCCCUCAGGGGCUGCUUCAGCGGCUGGGCGUUUGAGCACAUCGUGGUGCCAUUGUACGGCGACACCAUGUACGUGUUCGAGGCUGUGGACGCCAUGGCCGCCGCCGCCGCCGCGCAGCUGCAGCUGUUGGCUGGCGGCGCCGCCAGUCAGGCCCAGGUGGAGGCGGCGGCGGAGGCGGUGGCCGCGGCAGUGGAGGAGCUGCACCGCAGGAGGCUGCAGAUCCGCAACCACGUGCUCCGCCGCCGCACCGUCUACCACGUGGGUGUCAUGUCGGCGCCUGAGGACCUCCUGCCCCGCAUGACCAACCCAGACGACGCCGUGCGCGUGUUCAGCUUCAUGUUCGCGCUUAUUCAGGUGGCCAACAAGGCCACAGCCCUGGCUCGGACCAUCGGCGCGCACCGGCGCCCCAGCGUGGGCGUGCUGGGCCGCGCGUACAGCGCGUGGUGCAAGUAGAGGGAGGGAGCGCUACCUUGGGGCACGGCCUGGAAGCCUGCAGCGGCGAGUACAGUGUGACUGUAUGGCCAUUUUACCAAGGAAGUUCAGUUGUUAGGGGAUUAUCAGCAUGGGUAGACGUAGUGAGACACCGGGUGGUAGCGAGUGUGUGUCCUCCUAGUUGAGGGAGGUUAACAAGGUACGGCUGAGCACGGAGCAGGUAAGGCCCAGGUCAAGCCGAGGCAACCAAGCCGCGGGCGAAGACCGGAAACCAACACAAAUGCGAAACACGGAGAGGGGUUGAUGGCCAGGCGGCGGCGCCAUUGGUAUGUCAAUGGAGGUGGCAUGCCCGUGGUGUCGCCGUGAAGGCAUGUGAGUGAAACAUGUGUGACAAUCGUAAGGCCUGCACUUACCCUGAUGCUUUGUUGUAGACAUAGCUGGGGGGCGUUCCAAAGAAUGGAUAGGGGCGUUUUGAGGACUUCUAUGCCUGGGAAUGCGCUAGAUACUGUACAUCACUGAGUGCGAUGGUGAUCCGGCUGUCUUUAUUCGGUGUGCAUCGUGCGGCGAAACGCAACGCGGAGAGAAGCGAUUGGGCCGAAGGCCUGCAAUCAACCCCAAUUCUUUGGUCUGAACAUGAUUGUUGUUGGUAUGCGUUGUGCAUCGGGAUUUUGGAUAUCAGCAGAGCUUGCGAUGGGGCGUUAAGGAUGCCGCUUAUGCUACACGGGCCAAGGGCACAAUGAGACACAGAUAUUAUCACCGCUGACCUACGUGGCCGGGUGUUGGGCUCCUUGACGCCGCAGAGUCGAUACCGUAUCAUGGCGUUGCUACAAGAGGGGCCAACCUUAGGCGCGGGCACGCAGGGGCCAUCGAGAUACGUCGAGAUCUGCCUGGGCAAGCUUGGACCGCAGGAGGUCCGUGGCUCACAUAGAAUGGACACACCGGUGGUACGCGUCGGAGUGAAUGCCCAAGUCGGUUUGUUCCGGCAUUCCCUCGGCAUUGCGCUGUGGUGCGUGCAGCACGGACUUGCUUUGCCAGCGCUGUGUGAGCGUACAGCUGUCACUGGGCGGUCCUACCUGGCCCUCCUGCUCGCUGCUGCUGCCCUAGCUUGCUUGGUGGGUCCGUAGCUGCUGUCGAUGGUUAGCGAAUUUGGGGGAGGGGGGGGUUGUCUGCAACCAUCGGCCAUACUGGGCCACGGUAACGCCUCGAAACACGGGCUCGCAGAUCGGCGCUGGGUGACGCGCAUUCCCUAAUCAGCACCCGCCAACUGGUUAGCGAAGCUACCUACAUAUGGCCUCGCAAGUGUGAACGAAUUCUGUGCGCUUGCGCUACAGCGCGAAUUUUGACAAUCUAUAUCUAUCAAUCGCUUCUUCUUUGCAUCCUCUAUACGUUUUACUGGGUCCCGAAGCGCAAAAACGAACGCUGGGCAUGAACGACGCGAGUAACUGCGCUUCCCUGACAAGCGCGAAAAUGUGCAGAGAAAUCAGUUACAACGCAAUUUAUAGGACUGAUAGGCCCGCUCCUUAGCAGGGGCAGUGGCCAGAAAAUGUGAAAGCGUUCUCCGCUUG